UGAAGAAAUCUUAAAUCCUCGUGAAUUACAUGCCCGCGUCAUCGUACAAAACCUGAAUUAUAUAAUGACAUUAUAUACUUCAUAAAUGUGUGUGAUUAUAAAAUUCAAUGUUCGGGAAUUUAAUUAAGAAAAGUGACAGGUUGUCUUAACGUAUGAUACAAAGACAAUUAGUAAUCCAACUUGUCAGGUGUAAGCACCUAAGUAAUGUAUUGUUGACAUAGUGACACAUACCGCGACCACUGCUGAUCGGACGCUUUCUUUUUUACAUGUACAUGAAUUCUUUCGUCUGUAAAAUAUGGUGGAAGAUUAAUGUGUAUAUUGAAAACUUUUAACUGGAUCACGUGACUGUUUAUGUACAUGUGAAAAUGUAACAUGUGGAAUAAAUCGUCGAUUUUUCGUUCGAUGAAAUUUUAUGACUUUAAACUUUCCUCUGAUGCGUAACAUAUCUUUACAGUAAACCAACGUUUAAUUCACCUUUUCAAUAUAAAAGCGGAAUUAAAUUGUAUAAAUUUACAACGAAAUGAAUCUCUCACACGUUUUCCGAAGGUUUGCAACAGAAUUGGCCUACGACGAUCACACAAACCCACACUAUGAUGUCACAGCAGGUCAGCUGAGUUUCGCUUUUAUUUGGGCAUGGUGCACAUUUCUUUGGUUAUUCCGCUACGCCGGUAAACCCCACCGGGAACCAAAUGGAAAUGAUGACGCAGUAACUAGAAAAGAGUCGAAUUCAAACGGUAGUGUCAAAGCUGACACUGAAAAAGUAAAACAGCAGCAAACAUCGGUGGUGGAUAUUGAAAAGGAUGACAAAAUUGUUGACACAAAUAAAGUAAAAUCAGUAGUAAACGAAAAAGAAAAUGGUGUGAAGACAUUUUCGUCGGUGAGGCCACCACCUCCAUUAGAUGUUUUCCUUAAACAUGUGUACAUAUUUGGAUUACUUUUGUUCUUUUUCUACCUUUGCGAUUACAGAAAGGUGUUUCCAAAGUUGGAGCGGGUGUACAACAGGGAUGAGUUUUUGUUCGCCAUCUUUCUUUUAUUUUUGGUGGCUUGUGCCUAUACAAUACGGCCUACUGCUGAUAAAAUACUAAACAGGGACCAAACUGAAGAAUGGAAGGGUUGGAUGCAGGUCUUGUUUGUUUGGUAUCACGUAUUUGCUGCCAAGGAAUGGUAUAACUGGAUACGUGUCUAUAUUGCUGCUUACGUUUGGAUGACAGGCUUUGGAAACUUUUCAUUUUUCUGGAUACGCAAGGACUUUUCACUGUGGCGAUUCCUAAAGAUGCAAUUCCGGCUAAACUUCUUGGUCACGUGCAUAUGUGUUGUAACUAAUAAUCAGUAUAUGUUGUACUACAUAUGUGCGAUGCAUUCCUAUUGGUUCAUAUCCGUGUACGUGUUUAUGGGAGUUUUGAAGUCGUGGAAUACUGACUCGAACAAAAUGACAAUAAAAUUUGUAUUUUAUUUCAUUUUCAAUAGCAUAAUAUUUGAAAUUCCAGUAAUAACAAACAAUAUUUUUAGGCCUUUUCAAUUCUUGUUAGGGUAUACGGAGCCCUCUUAUGAGCCAAUGCACGAGUGGGCAUUUAGGGCUGGUUUGGACCACUGGGCUUGCUUUUUCGGAAUGCUGUGUGCGUAUAAUUACCCACAUUUUGAGAACUUUAUCAAAAAUCUGGAAAGUGGAGAAGGAUGGAAGAGGAAAUUUUGUAUAAAGUGUGUAAUGGUGACGACAUGCUGUUUAGCACUGGUAUUGUGUGGAAAUCAUGCUGGUAAAGUUUGUCAGACAGACGGGACAGCCGGAGUACCUGGAACAGUUCCUGGCUGUUAUGGUCAGCCAGAGUAA